AUGAAGCUUCGGCUCCGCCCGCCCCGCGGCUCGGAGUUCAAUGAUGUGGUGCUCCAUCCGAAGCUCCGCCAGCAGGUCAUGCGGCUUGCAGAUGCCACGUCUUCUGCAAAGAGGAGACGGAUGCCUCUGCAGCACGCCAUGUUCUACGGGCCGCCCGGCACGGGGAAGACCAUGGUGGCGCAGCGCUUCGCAGAGUACUCCGGCCUGGAGUACGCCAUCAUGUCCGGGGGCGACGUGGCGCCUUUGGAGGAGCAGGCGGUCACAGAGCUGCAUAAGCUCUUCAGGCGAGCGGUCAGCGCGGCUGGCACGGGGGGGCUUGUGCAGUGA